CCUGCCCGGCCCCGGCCGCACUGCGCCGCCCGCCGCCCGCCCCUUGGCGGCACCGGCACCGGGAGACCGGGUCGCGGCGGCUCAGAUUGCGGCGGGCGCAGGCGACGGCGGUCGCUUCCGCUCCCGGCGCCGUGGGAUCUCUGUCUGCUUGCCCGUGCAUGGACGGCGCGCUCUCCGGCCCGCCGCAGGGACAGGGUCGCGCGGCUUGGAGCUCAUUCCCGAUGGGCAGCAAAAUUGUUUGCAGAUAAAAGAGCCAGAGCCACUCCCCAACUCGGGCUGCCGGCCCUGGGCCACCACUUUCUUAUUGAUGAGGAGCUGGGGUUUGGUGUGUUUGAGUGAAUUUCCGCAUCUAUAGAACCCAGGGCAGCCUGCAGGAACCGGCUAAGUCUAAUUGGAAGGACCUGGCUCAGGUGUGAAAGGAGCUUUCUUUGAAGGUUCCAGGGCUGCAAAGGGUUGGCAGACGGAAGGCCCCAGCAGAUCCAGCCUUCUCUAGCACAAGCGAGAGAGGGAGUGCAGGUUGGUCUGGGUGGUGUGAACCCAUGCUUUGAGGCCAAGACACUCCCGGAGGCCAGCAUGCCGUGGGACGCCAGGCCUGGACGAAGCGCCAACGGAGGGCCCGAGGGUCCGGGCGCAGCUCGCUUGCGCGUGCAGAAGCAGUGCCGGAAGUCAUCCUUCGCCUUCUACCUAGCAGUACGAGAUCUGCUACCAGUGUGGCUACUCGAGGACAUGCGCGCCAGCGAAGCCUUCCACUGGGACGAGCGCGGGCGCGCUGCUGCAUAUUCGCCGUCCGAGGCCCUGCUCUACGCACUCGUGCACGACCACCAAGCCUAUGCUCACUACCUGCUGGCUACCUUCCCACGGCGAGCACUCGCCCCUCCUAGCGCGGGCUUCCGCUGCUGCACCGCGCCAGGACCGCACGUGGCGCUGGCGGUGCGCUACAACCGCGUGGGCAUCCUGCGCCGCAUCCUGCGAACCGUGCAGGACUUCCCAGUGGAAGAGCGUGUGCGCCUCCUGGACCGGCGUGGCUGCAGCCGGGUAGAAGGCGGUGGCACAUCUCUGCACGUGGCCUGUGAGCUCGCACGCCCUGAGUGCCUCUUUCUGCUGCUUGGCCACGGAGCUUCUCCGGGCCUUCGAGACGGCAGUGGCUUUACACCGUUGGAGCUGCUGCUGCGCCAACUGAACCAGGACGCCAGCUCAGCCCCUACUGCUGCAGAGGCCGCCUCUGCCACCGUCAACGCUGCGGCUGCCGCCAACACCACUUCGUCUGUGGAGGUGUGUCAGCGUCGCCUGCUGCUGCUUGACCUGCUAGCACUCUACACCCCGGGGGGCGGGGUCGUAGGUUCAGCUCGAUGUGAACUGCUAGGAGACCGGCUACGCUGGCAGAGGUUGCUGGGUGAGGACAAGUUCCAGUGGCUAGCAGGGCUGGCGCCACCCUCCCUCUUUGUCCGUGCCAUGCAGGUGUUGGUCACCACUAUCUCACCUGGCCGCUUCCCGGAGGCCUUGGAUGAACUGCCUCUGCCACCCUUUUUGCAGCCCUUGGACCUCACGGGCAAGGGCUAGAUUCAGGGGACCCUGACACAGUAUUUGGGGACAGAAGUAUUUUUGAGAGCAUUGUACUGGCACUUCACAUAUAUGGAUCUCUGACUGUACAGAGGAAUCUGCCUGGUCUGUCGCAUGUACUUGGGGUAGGGCUGCCAGGUUGCUCAAGUGUAAGAGCUGCCUGCUCAGCCAAGGAUGAGGGUGAGGACCUAGAGUCCCGGGGGAGGUGACAGCUGAGCCAAGCAGGAGAGGAACAGAGGGUGGGGACUCUAAUGACCAAGCAACAGGACAGAAUGUGCUGAGGCCAAGGGGACAAGCUUGUGUGGCUCCCUCCUGUGCUGUCAGCCUCAGAAAUGGCCCAUGAAUUGGACUUGAUCCUAUGUCCAGGAGGACAAGCAGAGCUGAGCAGGCAGCUAUAGCAGGGGUUGAGUGGGAGCCAGGCUGGCUGUUUGUAUUCUCAUCUCACACUGAGUCAUUGCUUCUCCACCCAGGCCUGGAAUUGGCCAUUUUGCCCUCAGUCAGGACUGGCAGGUACUAGCCCUGGUCUUCCACACCUGCUUCACCACAGGCUUUGGGCCCCCUGUAUCAUGUGUCCUCAUCAGAACCAGGUGUGCCUUCCAGGUUCCCAACCUAGGGAUGGGCUUCCCUACUCACAAUGGAUGUUAGGUGGUGCUUAUGGGGCUGUUAUCACCCUGGGUAGGCUUCUUCCCCAUCCUGGAGAGCUGCUUUCUGCUGGACACUUCAGAAGGUUGGAGGCUUGUUAAUGAAUGCACAAUCAUCCUUCAGGAUAAAGGGACCUUGGCUGCAAAACUGGGUUCGCACCCCGAGGAACUUCGAGACUGGGUAGGGCCCUUCCCUAUCCAGGGAUUUUGCUAGGCAGUGAAAUUCAACCUUUGUGGCACAGGCUUGUGGGCCAUGAUGUGCUGCCAGGAGCCGAGGCUAGCAGUCUGCUGAAGUGGCCAGCCUGACUGGGGGCACCUGCUGCUGAGUGCAGCAUGCCUGGGGGUGGGAAUGUCCCACAGGAGGGAAAGCCUGGAGAAUAGGAAGGGCCCUAGACUUUGCUGCCUCUGUCCUGGGCCCGUGUUACCGUCAAGGGACUUUAGGCCAUUUCCCAGGCCUGAAAAUGAGAGGUUUCUUGCUGCUAUAGAUCCUACAUCUAGACUGGAGGCUCUGCUUCCCUCUGACUGAGUACCUUCUCUGAGUCCUGGCAGUUGUGGGUGAUGGGUGUUAGUGUCUUCCUAUGCCCUAAGUUUGGCUCAUUCACAAUCAGUCCCCUUGGGCUUCUAGGAGGUCCCAGGUCCAGAUGCCAUUGGAGGUGGCAUUUCCUUAUUUGUAGGACAUGAUCGAUGGUUUGCUGUAGCUCCUGGGGAGCCUGUUGGGAAUCUUGGCUUCCCCUCUCCUGUCUCUAGAUCAGUGCCCUUUGGGCUCUGCUGGUGCAGAGCUGGGUGCUUUUCUGGUGCCUUUUAGGUAGACAGACUGCUGCCUUCCUAACCUCCCCAGAGCUGCUUGGUCUGGAGGAGCGUCAGUGUGCUAUGUAGGCCCUGUGGUCAUCAGGGAGACCUUGUGGGAGGAAAUGGCACCACAGAGGAAGGACCUAGCCCGGGAAAGGUACAGGGGAACAUCAAGCCCAAGAGGAGUGGCUUGGCUCAUGGUGACAAGCACUUAAGUGUCGUGGUUAGUCACCAUGGAUGCGGAUUGUUUUACUACUGAGUGGCCCCCAGGCCUCUGUGCAAAGGCAGACUCACCAAGGGCACAGAUGUGGGAGGUGAAAGAAGGCAGCCCCAGAGGGGUGGAGAAUCCUUGCCAACUACCUCAGAGGAAGGCCUGAUUUCUGCCACAGCUGUUUAUUGUCAUGGGAUGCCUAGUGCUGGCCUGCGCUUCAGGAAGCAAGAGGGCCUGGAAAGGUGGUUCAGGCUGAUAAACAAGGCCUCAUUUAUCGUUGGGAUGGCUGUUUCUGAGAGGAAAGUGGGUGGCCUCAGUGUGUGUCUUAUCUGUCCCCUCUGCCCUCCAGCCCCAGGAAGGGCUGUGGUACCACCUGACACAUUACCACCCUGGCCAUGAGCUUGCAGGACUGACUAGAGCUUGCCAAGCUCUGUGCCGGCAUGGCAUCCACUAUCAGCUAGUGGUAGGUGACCUUGUUGUCUCCAAAACAGACAAGCAAGCUGUGUUCUCUUGGUGAAUUCUUCACUUGCCCCCAUCAAAUGUAUGUGUCCCUAGGAGAUCUGUACUGUAGUCCAGUUAGAGUUCAGGAGCCAGAACUCUGGACCCUGAUGUCUAUCAGGGAAGACAGCGAACUGAGCCACUGAGACUUGUUACUGAGGGACUCACCUGCCUUCGAAGGUCAGUCUGCACUGGUGGUGUAGCCUGCUGCUGCUCCCAUCCUCUGCUUAUGUCUGCUGUCUACACGGACUCCAUCUGCUCCAGCCUCGGCUCCAUUUCUCUACUAGCCUCAGUGGACAGCAGUUCUGUACAUUACCUCAUAUCCUAUGCAGACAAGGUGGUUCCCUAGGAGGCAGGAAGAACAGCAGCUCUUCAAGGCUUGUUUCCAGUAACUGCAGACUAUCAGAGUGGUACUGUGAUCCUAACACACAGUGGGGGAUCAAGAGAUCAUGGUUAGGGGCUGGAGAGGUGUCUCACUGCUUAAGAGCACUGGCUGCUCUUCCAGACUUAGACUUAGCUCCCAGCGUCCUCACCAUAGCUUAAAACUCCAUUUUCAGGGGAGCGGAUGCCCUCUUCUGACCACAUUGGCCACCAAGCAUGUACAUGGUACACAGACUAACAUGUAGGCAAAACACUCAUGAAAUAAAUCGUAGGAAAAGAGCUAAUGCAGAGCUCAGAAUAUAGUUCACAGGGUUGAGUGCCUAGCAGCUAAGAAGCCAUGGUUUUGAUCAGCAGCACCAAAUAGAAUUGGGCGUGGUAGUGUCUUCUAAUCCCAGCACUCAUGGUAGAGCCAAACAAUGAUCUUGGCCAUGUAGUCAGCUUUAAGUCAGCUUGGGCUAUGUAAGACUGUCUUAAAAAAAUUUAUCGAGGUUAGCCUAGGCUACAUGAGUUCUAGGCUACUCCUGUCCCUGUCUCAAAAAAACCAAACAUCAGUACUUCAUACUGGUGUCUCCCCACACCCUCCUUGAUGACUGGCUGACUAUAAAAGCCUGAUCUACAUGCUAAAAUACAAAGGCAGCAAUUUGUGGCUCAAUGAGUUAUGACUAAUGUCUAUAUGGGUGUGGCUGUUGUCCCAGCACAAGGAGAAGUAUAAAGCUCUACUGCCACUGC